ACAGAUGUGCGUAAGAUAGAAUACGGAAAUACAAGCAUCCAAUGAGGGCGUUCCUCUUGUAGAAGGGACUUACUGGAAAAUUAACUAUUGCUAUUGUUUAUUGGUUGAAGCUGCAUUUAAACAGAUAAAUGAAGUCUCUGGAAAUGUCUGCCUGCUGUUGAUGAAUAGACAUUUGCCUCAACCAGAAUGGCAGGAGUCGAAUAUUCUGCAGUUGGCGGCGAUUCCUACACGGAAAACCUAAUUGGAACCUUGCUGGCCAUUUUUGGUAAUUUGCUUGUCAGCAUUGCUGUAAGCAUUCAGAAAUACAGCCAUGUAACAUUAGCUGGGACCAAGGACCCCCGUGCCUUCUACCGAACCAAAACAUGGUGGUGUGGCCUGGCACUUACCGUUCUAGGAGAAGCAGCCAACUUUGUCUCUUAUGCCUUUGCACCGUUAUCUCUAAUAGCUCCAUUGAAUGCAGUGUCUGUCAUAGCAAGUUCAAUCUUAGGUUUCAUUUUCCUGAGAGAGAAAUGGAAGCCAAAUGAAUUUUUAAAGCGAUAUGUUUUGUCUUUCCUUGGAUGCAUCUUGACGGUAUCCGGGACCUACCUCUUUGCCACGUUCGGACCCAACUAUCACCAGAAACUUACUGCGGAGAACAUAGUGAAACAGGUCGUAGGAUGGCCCUUCCUCUUGUAUGUGCUCCUGGAGAUCAUUACCUUCUGCUUUCUGCUCUACUUCUACAAGCAGCGCAAUGCUAAUUACCUUGUUGUCAUUCUGCUGCUGGUGGCGCUGCUCGGUUCUGUGACAGUGAUCACAGUGAAGGCGGUGGCAGGCAUGCUGGUCCUCAGCGUCCAGGGCACCAUGCAACUCAACUACCCCAUCUUCUACGUCAUGUUUGUCUGCAUGGUUGCCACCGUGGUCUUCCAGGCUACGUUUCUCUCCCAGGCUACUCACCUGUACGACUCCUCCGUGAUAGCCUGUGUUAACUACAUCUUAUCCACAUCCUUUGCCAUUGUAGCAGGAGCCAUAUUUUACCUGGAGUUUAAUCACGAAGACAUUCUUCACAUCUGCAUGUUUUUGUUGGGAUGUUUGUCCUGUUUCCUGGGAGUCUUCCUGAUCACCAAGAACAGGAAGAGGCUAAAGGCCUUUGAACCCUAUGUGACAAUGGACAUGUCGCAAGGUAUUCCCACCAUUCACGACAAGGGCUGGCGAGCGGUGCAGCCGGACUACAAUGGUUCCUUUUCCUACGGUGCCCUGGUUAACAAUGACAGCGUGGCGCCUGCCACUCUACCAGAGCCUGACCAUAACCAGCUGGCAGUCACGCCCAGUCCCACUGCUGCCCCUUAUAGUUCGGCUGACCUGAAGAACGACUGAGGCACCCCCCCCAUAGGCUGCGUCUCAAUCCUCCACCCUUCUCCUGAAGUGUGCACACGUCUGGAAACGGGUGCAGAACAGGGAUGUAACCGUAGACUCGGUGUAGGAUGAUGUCAUCGUUACUAUGUUACCCCCCCAUCUGGCCAUGUCUUACAAUGAGGAAGUGUUUUGUGGGUUUUCAGAAUCAUGCUCUACAGGAGUGGUUCCCAAAAUGUUUUUUUUUUUUGCCCAUAGAUUUUAUGUGUGAGUUGCUCAAAUAUCACAUGAACACACAUUAAACAUGACAAAAUUGUAUAGAAUUUUGAGAAAAUUAGCUUUAAACUGCAAAAAUGUUCUAUCCACCCCAUGACAAAAUGUGUAGAAUUGCAGGAAAUAAGCUUUAAACCUGCAAAAUAUUCUCUCUGAAAACAAGAGGGUCUUGUGCCCAUAGAAAUAGACGUGGGGGUGCGGGAUGUUCCCCAAUGCUGGAAGGGGGGGGGGGGCCUGAGUGAAAACGUUUGAACUCCUACUCUACUGUACUUCAACUGAGCUGUACACUCGUCUCUUCAUGUCUUCCUAUCUCCGGACUGCAAUGAGGGGCAUUUCAACCAUGAGAAAUUAGCUUUAUUCCUGCAAUGAGACAUUCGCUUUACUUCUGCAAAUCAUUCCAGAAAGGUACUGAAGUAUCCGGAAGUUGUCACAUGACUUGGGGACUGACCGUGAACAAAUAUCGACCUGGACUCUCAUUCCAGGCCCAUAGACAUCAUGUCAUACCUUUGGACAUUAAUGUGCCUUAGACUAAAGCAUCCUGCCUGUUGCUGCCUGCUGUUGUGUGUUCGCCACAUAAGAUUGAGUGACUUAUUCCAUGUUAAUGCAUUUCUGCAGGAUUUCUUUCAAUAGACUUGCCAAUGAAUACUGUGCAGUUUUCUUUGUGUGUUUUGCUUGAGCAGUUGAAGACGGUGUACGACUGCUUAGUCCGAAAUGACCAAAAUGGUUAUAAACUGUUAUUGUUUUAAGUUAUUUUAGUUGCAUUAGUUACAUUUGAAUCGUCAAGUUGUAGUUUGGGGUAUGGUCUUAAAUGCACAAUGAUUGUUUGUGUGAAUUCUAUGUAAAACUGAAAGAACUGGUGGAAGAUAUUUAUUGUAUUUGAAGCAUAUUAUGAUAAAGGUUGAAAGGCUUUAUUCAUGUGGUCUUGUGUUAGGAAAGGAUUUGACGCUCUGGGCUCGUAUCCACAUAGCGUCUGAGUGGGAGUGCUUAUCUAGGGUCAGGUCCACCCUGUCCAUGUAAUCUUAUUCUGUAUGAUCCAACAGACACAACUGACCCUGGAUCAGCACUCCUAUUCUGAGAUGCUUUGUUGAUACUGUUCUGCUCACCACACGUCAUUUAUGACAAUGUCAAUGAGUGUGACGCCACGUUAAGUUGGGAUCUACCAUAGUUGAGCUGCAUUUAUUAUGUGGACUACUGGGAUUCUGAAUUGUCUUGAGUUAUAUAGAUAUUAUGACAAUUUCCUUGUAUCACUGUGCAAGCAAAACCAAUAUGAAAAAAAUGUCCAUGAGUGACUGAGCUGAUUUUAGAAUAGACUACUGAUGUCUCUGGUCAACACUUGUUUGUCAUUCUGCCAGUCUUUUUUUCUAAAUAGAAAAUCCAGUGGCACCGGCACUACCAAUGAGCUCACAGCAUCCCAUUGUUUUCUUCCUGUAAUGAAUGAUAUAUAACCCUUAACCUCAUUGCCACUCUGCUUCUGUAUUAUGAACUAGGUAAGCAAAUAAAUAAUAUACUACUGA